CCCAACCUCACUGGGGUUUCUGUUUUAUUUCUCAUUGGGGGGGAGGGGGGCACCAGAAACCCUCUUGGUUUCCCCAUGCCCCCUUCACCUGCCGAUUCCCUUUCUACCAGCUCCCUAAGGAUCUACCUGCCUUCACCUUAACGAAAGGGGCCUUUUCCAUCCAAGUCUAACACGAUUCCAGGACCUCAAGAUGGAUUACGGUUCGUACAGCGGCGUUCCAAGGUUCCUGACCCGACCGAAGGCCUUCGUGGUUUCCAUGGGGAAAGAUGCCACUCUGAGCUGCCAAAUCAUUGGAAAUCCCAUUCCACUGGUCUGUUGGGAAAAAGAUAAACUUCCUAUCCAGACAGGGGGGAGGUUUAAAAUGGUGGAAGAUGGCGACUUGUAUCGUCUGACCAUUUACGACCUCAGCCUGGAGGACAGCGGCCAGUAUAUCUGCCGGGCUAAGAACACAAUCGGGGAAGCUUUUGCUGCGGUCAGUAUCAAAGUCGGGGAGCACCCCACCGUGACUGAAUCGGCCCCUUACUUCAUCCAGAAGCCCACCUCUAUCCGGGUGAUCAUGGGGGAAGACGCCAUGUUCAAAUGCAUUGUUCAGGGCAGCCCCCCGCUUUCGGUGAACUGGGAAAAAGACGGGAGAAACCUGGGCGGGCGGUCAGAGUCGAACCGCAUCCAGAUUGACUCUCAGGGAGAGAAAAACGCCCUCAAGAUCCAAAGUACCCGACUAGCGGAUACCGGGACGUACACCUGCCGUGCAGAGAACCCUCUCGGGGCCGCCAGCGCCGCGGCUGCAUUAGUGGUGGAUACUACAGAUUCUUGUAGCCCCGGUGGCCAUCGGCACAACAUAGACACGGACUAUAGCAAGACUUCACCACUGCUCUCCCACAUGCAAAAAAGGCGGGAGGAGAUCCGAAAGACAGACCUAUCCACUACCGACUCGGUGAUCUCGACAGCGUACGCCUCCACGGAAGGCCGGUCGAAAAUCAGCUUGAACCUCUCCCUUGACUACGAGAGGGCUGCCAGUUUGACUUCCAAGAGCUUCCGGAGUGACAGUUCUUCCUACGGCGUCACGACGCGCAGCUUCACCGUUACGGAGGGCAAGCAUGCCAAGAUGAGCUGCUACGUGACGGGAGAACCCAAGCCGGAGAUUGUCUGGAAGAAGGACGGGGAAGUCAUCCUCGAAGGGCGGAGGCACAUCAUCUACGAGGACGAGCAGGAGAAUUUCGUCCUGAAGAUCCUCUUUUGCAAGCAGAUAGACAACGGGCUCUACACUUGUACGGCUUCCAACCUGGCUGGGCAGACGUACAGCUCUGUGCUGGUUACAGUAAAAGAACCCAGAAUACCAUUCAAGGCAAAGCUGAGAGAUUUGGAAGUUCGGGAAAAGGAAUCGGCGACUUUCCAAUGCGAGGUCCCUGUUCCCAGCACAGAAACCGCCUGGUUCAAAGAAGAGACAAAACUCCAACAGAGUAAAAAGUAUGACAUCGAAGAACAAGGAACUCAUCGGAAGCUUACAGUCCAAAACGUGACCAUGGAUGACGACGCAGUCUAUAUCUGUGAAAUGAAAGAAGGGAGCCGAACCGUUGCUGAGCUGAGCGUGCAAGGGAACAUUAUUAAGAAACUGCCCAGGAAGACCGCUGUCAGCGUCAAAGACACGGCCAUCUUUUGCGUGGAACUAGAAAACAAGUGCCACAAAUUCCGGUGGCUGAAGAACAAGGAAGAACUGAAGCCCAACAAUCGAAUCUCGACCACGUCAUCUGGCAAGGAGUACAGCAUGACAAUCCGAGAUUGUAACAUGGAAGACGCGGGAGAGAUUGUUUUCGUGGCUGACGAAUGCAGAACGUCCACCCAGUUCACCGUCUCUGCUCCCAAAAAGCCUCCGUCUCAGCCUCCGGUUGACCCAGUGGUGAAAAAUAAAACAGAAACCUCAGUGACGUUAGCUUGGUCCCUCCCUAAGAUGGAGCGCCCCAUCUCCAUCGAUGGAUACUUGGUGGAACGCAAGAAGGUGACAGGAUUCACUUGGCUGAGGUGCCAUGAAUCCCUCAUUACCGCAACCGAAUUUACAGUGAGCAACCUCGCCGAAGAGUCCGACUACCAUUUCCGAGUAUCAGCAGUCAACAAUUAUGGGCAGAGUGAUCACCUUGAGUUCCCAGGAACUCUGCACCUUGAACCAGUGAUGGCUGUGAGAACCCCACUGAAAACGGUAGAUGUAGUUCCAGGCAGGGAUGCUACUUUUACUGUUGACCUCACUAAAACCUGUUCUGGCUCAUGGUACCUUAAUGGCAAAGUCUUACAGAACAGCGACAAAUACAUCAUUACAAGAACCCAAACGACUCACAGCCUCACCAUCAAGAGGGUGACAAGGAGUGACCGAGAUGCAGAGGUGAAGUUUGUCACCAAUGGUAUUGAAGCCACUGCCAAGAUAAGACUGAGAGAAGAGGCAGCAAAGUUCAUGGACACGGUUGGACCAGCCCCUGGGAUUUCAGUGAGACUCUCUGAGAAGUUUGAACUGGUUUGUGAGGUGUCGUCAGAAAGCGAUUCUGUCAUCUGGAAGAAGGGUCAGAAGGAGAUUAGGCCGGACGAGAGAACGGCAUACACUUUCCAGGGAACACAACGGAAACUCAUUAUCAGGGACGCAAGACGGCAGGACGAAGGGAUCUACACCUGUGUAACCAAGGAUGACAAGCUAACAUUUCAUGUCACGGUGAAAGAGCCCGAGGAAGUAUUUGCCGACAAGGAGAAAGUCCAGAAAGAGGUGAAAGCCAUCAUUUCAGAAAACGCCUGUCUCAGCUGCGAGGUGUCCCAGUCGGAGGAGGAAGUGAAGUGGUUCAAAGACAGGAAACUGAUCGCCUCCAGCAAGAAAUUUAAAAUAGAAUCCGAAGGCCGAUCCCGACGGCUGAUUGUCCAGCAGGUGGAGAAGAAGGAUGCCGGGGAAUACACCUGUGAGGCUGCUGGCCAAAAACUGGCCUUCAAAGUCAUUGCAACAGAAGCGGAGGACAUCUUUGCCAACAAAGAGAAGGUCCAGAAGGAGGUGAGGGUUGUCCUUUCGCAGAAUGCCUGCCUGAGCUGUGAGGUGUCCCAGGCCAAGACGGAUGUGAAGUGGUUCAAGGACGGGAAGCUCGUCGCCUCCAGCAAGAAAUUCAAGGUAGAAUCCGAAGGCAAAUCCCGACGGCUGACGGUGCAGCAGGUGGAGAAGAAGGAUGCCGGGGAAUACACCUGUGAGGCUGCUGGUCAAAAACUGACCUUCAAAGUCAUUGCAACAGCUGCAGAAGCUGAGGAUGUUUUCGCCAACAAGGAGAAGGUGCAGAAAGAGGUGAAGGCCGUCCUUUUGGCGAAUGCCUCCUUCAGUUGCGAGGUAUCCCGGGCCGAGACGGAACUAAAAUGGUUCAAGGAUGGAGUGCGGAUCACCUCUACCAAGAAAUACAGCCUGGAAUCUGAAGGUAAAUCCAGACGCCUGGUGGUGCAGCAGGUGGAGAAGAAGGAUGCCGGGGAAUACACCUGUGAAUCUGGUGACCAGAAGCUGACCUUUAAGCUGGAUGUCACAGAAGCGCCAGAUGCAUUUAUUAACAAGGAGAGGGUGAUGAAGGAGGUGAAGGCCGUCCUAAAGGAGAGUGCCGCCUUGUCCUGCGAAGUCGCAUCUGCCGAGACGCAGGUGAAAUGGUACAAGGACGGGAAGCCACUCAGCUCCAGCAAGAAAUUCAGGACGGAGACAGACGGCACCUCCCGCAAACUGGUCCUCGAGCAGGUGGAGAAGAAAGAUGCUGGGGAUUACGUUUGCGAAGCUGCUGGCCAAAAACUGGCUUUCAAGGUGGAAGCUGUAGAGCCAGAGCCGAAAUUCCAGAAGAAAGUUGCCCAGGAAGAGCCGAUCUCCAUCCAAGAGCACAAGAGCAUCAACCUGACGGCCACAGUCGUGCCUGAUAACGCCGAGGUCAAAUGGUUUAAGGACGGCAAUGAGAUAAAAAGCAACAAGAAGUGUGAGAUUAGAAAAGAAGGCGCAUCUCGGUCCUUGAUUGUGAAGCUGGCGGACAAGACAGACACAGGCGUGUACACUUGUGAGACCAAGAGUGAUAAGCAGCAGUUCCAGGUACAAGUUCAAGAAAUCCCAGUGAAGUUUGCCAAGAAGUUGGAGCCAGUUAAAGCUGAGAUCGGAGGCACCUUGACCCUGAGCUGUGAACUGGGCCAGGCAAGAGGCGAAGUUGUCUGGCGCAAAGAUGGAGUGGAGCUGAAAGCCAACAAGCGAUACCAAAUGCACGAGAUUGGCGAAAAGCGUGUCCUGGUGGUAACGGGGCUUCGGACCGAAGACAAGGGAGAAUACUGCUGUGAAGCACGGGACGACAAGUGCAGCAUUCAAGUGACCCCCAUCGUUCCCAGAGUGGUGAAGUUUGUCAAAGGCCUUCAUAACAUAGUAGCUGAAGAAGGCAAAGAAGCUGUGUUCAAGUGCUCCGUCUCUCCCAGCGACGCCGCUGUCACGUGGAGCCACAACAAAACUAAAAUCAAGGCCAGCAAGAAAUACGUGAUCGCUCAGAAGGAAACCAACCACAGCCUCGCCAUUACCGACCUGACCUUGAAGGACUCUGCUGAAGUCUGUGCGGAUGCAGAAGGAGUGGAAAGCAAAGCGACCCUCAAGGUUGAAGAGGCACCAGUGUUAUUUGUGAAGAAACUGGAGACCAAAUCUGUUGAGGAGAAGGAGAAGGUGGUUCUGGAAGUGGAGCUAAGCAAGCCGACCACGGAGGUGAAGUGGAUGAAGAACAGCAGCGUGCUCCACCCGGACGCUAAUUUAGAGGUCAAGGCUGAUGGGGCAAAGCACAGCCUGGUCAUUAGGAGUGCCUCCUAUGCAGACCGGGGCUUCUAUUCCUGUGAAACCCUCCAUGACAAGACCCAGGCGAAAGUCAAUGUGGAAAUGAGGCCCAUCAAGCUGGUCAAAGGCUUACAGCAAAUCGAUGUCCACGAGAAGGAGUGUGCCACAUUUGAAGUGGAGCUGUCACAUGAGAAUGUGGAAGCGACCUGGAUGAAAGAUAACUUGAAACUGAAAUCGCAAGACAACUGCCGUAUCGGUGUCCAGGGGAAGAAGCAUUCUCUGACUCUCUCAUCUCUGGCCCUUGAGGAUUCAGGCCUUGUUACCUUCAAGGCAGAAAGUGUUCACUCAACAGGCAGACUAAACGUGACAGAACGGCCAGUGAAAAUAACCAAGCCUUUAGUAGACAUGAAAACUCAGCACAAGGACGACGUAACAUUUGAGUGUGAAGUUUCCAGGUCCAAUGCAAACGUGAAGUGGCGCAAGGAUGGAAUCGAACUGCGACCAAGUAAGAAAAUGGCAAUAAUUUCCCGAGGGACAAAGCGAAGCCUCACAAUUCACAAAUGUGAAUAUGAAGACAAAGGAAAAUACAUGUGUGAUGCUGUAGAUGACAAGAGUUUAGCUACUUUGGAAAUCCAUGCUCGAGAUAUCAAGAUUGUGAAGCCUUUGGAAGAUGUGGAAGUAAGUGAAAAGGAGAGUGCUUCUUUCCUCUGUGAAAUCUCCCAUGACGACGUACAGACUGAGUGGUAUAGUAACGAGAACAAAAUCCGGGCAGGAGACAACGUCAAGUUACGUCAAGAAGGGAAGAGUUUUGCUCUUGUCUACCGAAGUGUAGAAGUUCAGGAUUCGGCAGAGAUCAAAUUCGUUGCGGAAACAGCAGAAUCUCGAGCAAAGCUUAAAGUGAACGAACUGCCCGUAAAGAUUAUAAAACCUCUCCGCAUUAAGAUCGCUCUCGAGAAACACCGGGGCUUUCUGGAGUGCCAAGUGUCUCGUCCCAAUGCCGAGGUCACAUGGUACAAGAACAACCAAGAGAUCGAGCCGAGCAAAAAGUAUGAGAUUGUAAGCGACGGGGUCUACAGGAAGCUGAUAAUCAAUGACACGGAGUUUGACGAUGAAGAUAUUUACACCUGUGAUGCCAUCGAUGAUAAAUGCAGUGCUCAGUUCUACGUGGAAGAGCAAUCGAUCAACAUUGUGAAGGAGCUGAGAGACGUGGAGGUAACAGAGCCAGCAGAAGCCAGGUUUGAGUGUGAAAUCUCCAUCCAGUCGGUGAGGCCACCCAAAUGGUCCCUCCGUGGAGAGGUCCUGCAGCCCAGCAAGGACGUUGUGAUUGAGCAAGAGAGGACAAUCCACCGCCUCAUCCUGAAAAAGACCGAUGCGGACAUGACGGGCACCAUCCAGUUUGCACUUGGCAAAGCGAAGUCCUUGGCCAACUUGGUCGUCAAAGAUCUUCAGGUGACCAUCACCAGACCUCUGGAGGACAAGGUUGUCCUGGAAACUCAUUCCAUUGUCCUCUCCUGUGACUUCAAGCCUUCACCAAAGGUUGUAGAAUGGUACAAAGACUACGCCCGUAUCGAGACCUCAGAGAGAUUUAAGCCCAAGCGGGAGAAGAAUACUGCAGAGCUCAAAAUCUUGAGGAUAACUCUUGGAGAUUCUGGUGUUUAUAAGUGCAAAGCUGGGAAUGCAGAGACCAAAGCCACACUGUCUGUCUUGGACCGCAAAGUGGAGAUAACCAAACACCUUCAGGAUGUGGAAAUCGAAGAGGAGGGCUGUGCCACUUUCUCCUGCGAAGUGUCUGAGGACAACGAGGAAGUGGAAUGGUUCCUCAACGACACGCAUCUUUACCCCAACAACUUCAACGAGAUCAAGAGUGUGGGCAAGUGCCAUUCCCUGACUCUGAAACAUGUCAUGACAGAAGAUGCAGGGACUGUGACGGUGAAGGUGCAGAAGAGGUUCUCUGAAAGCGUUCGACUAAAGGUGAAAGAGAAGCCCGCCGUCUUCAUGAAAUCGCUAGAUGACGUUGUUGGGGAGGAACGUGGUACAGUCACUCUGGAGUGCGAGGCCUCCAAGCCAAAGGUCAAGCCUAUCUGGAAGAAGGAAGGGGUGGAACUCGUCCCGGGAGACAAGUACGAGAUGCUGCAGGCUGGGAAGACGCUGGGGCUCAUCAUCCACGAUCUGAGCAAGAGCGACGCUGGCUUAUAUACGUGUGAUCUUGGUACUGAGGUGGCCAAGUCAAAAGUCACCGUUCAAGAGCUUAACGUUGGCAUCACAAAGCGUCUGAAGAGCGUUGAUGUCUUGGAAGGGGAGAGCUGCAGCUUCGAGUGCGUUCUGUCCCACGAAAGUGUCGAAGACUGCCAUUGGCUGGUCAAUGGAACCGAAGUGGGCCAGGAUGGACGGGUUCGAGCUUCCAACAAAGGACGCAAAUACAUGCUCAACAUCAAAAAGGCCCGACCUUCUGACGCGGGGGAAGUGGUCUUCUCUGUCCGUGACUUAAACUCCAAAGCCACUCUAGUUGUGAAAGAAAAGCCUGCAGAAUUUACAAAGCAACUGGAGGAUAAGGAGAUAUCGGUGGGGCAAGAGGUUAGCCUGAGCUGCGAAAUGUCCAAGUGGGAUGAAAACAUCAAGUGGUGCAAGGACGGAAAGGAGAUCCGGAGGAGCCAAAAAUUCGACCUCCGGCAUGAGGGAACCAGGGCCAUAUUGAUCAUCCAUGAUGCUUCAGUCAAGGAUAGUGGCGUGUACACCUGUGAGACAGAGAUUUCCAAAACCAAAGCCACCCUAACGGUGGAAGAAACAGGGAAUUGCUUCAUUAAAGAUCUUCAGGAUUUGAAGUUGGAUGAAAAUAAAAAAGCAGUUUUUACAUGUGAAACGAAGAAGCCAGCCUCCAUGGUGACGUGGAGGAAAGGAAUUGCUGAUCUCAAGGCAAGCAAAAAAUAUGAGAUCAGCCAAAAGGCAAACGUCCUGCAACUCACAGUGAAUGAACUGCAAGAAAAUGACAGCGACAUCUACACGUGUGACAUCGCCGAUUCUCAAUCAAGCGCCAAACUGGUUGUGAAAGCUCUGCCGGUCAUUUUCGAACGAGACCUGCAAAACAAGGAAGCGAAGGAAGGAAGCAAGGUCCGACUCUCCUGUGAGCUUAGCAAACCGGACCUGCCCGUACAGUGGAUGAAAGGAAAGGAAGUUCUACAAGAGGGUGACAAGUAUGAAUUUAAGCAGCGAGGCACCGUGGCCGAGCUUGUCGUUCGGGACGCAAAGCCCGCUGAUGCGGGAGAAUAUACCUGCAGCACGGGCGAGCUCAAGACCACUGCUCGUCUGGAAGUAACGGCAGCCCCGGUCAUUUUCAAGGAAGAGCUUAUGGAUGUGGAAAAGGAAGAGGGGGACACUGUGGGUCUCCGCUGUGUCCUCGCCCAGCCCGAUGCUUCUGUGACCUGGAAGAAAGGGGCGACUGUUCUUCGGGCGAGUGAGAAGUACGAGAUGAAGCAGGAAGGGGGUGUGGCAGAACUUGUCGUUCAUGGUGCGGAGCCAGAGGAUGCUGGGAGAUAUUUCUGUGUCACCGGAGAGCAGCAGACAACAGCUCAGGUCAAAAUCCACGCUGUGCCCGCCCGUUUCAAAGAGCCGCUCAAGAACACGGAAGCCGUGCAAGGGGGGUCGGUCACUUUGCGCUGCGAGCUGAACAAGUCCGCACCGGUGGAGUGGAUGAAGGGGCGCAAAGGCCUGAGGCCCAGUAGCAAGUAUAGAAUGAAGAAAGAAGGAACGGUUGCCGAGUUGACCAUUCAAGACCUGGAUAUGAAGGAUGCUGGCGAUUACACCUGUGCAGCUGGGGACCAAAAGACAACAGCCGUCUUAACAGUGAACGUCCUGGCGGCGCAGUUCAAACAAGAGCUCAAGAAUGAAGAAGGGACCGAGAGCGGGACGGCCACUCUGCACUGCGAGCUCUCCAAGGCCGUCGACUCCGUCGACUGGAUGAAGGACCAGAAGGCGCUGAAGUCGAGCGAUAAAUACAGAAUGAGGCUGGAAGGACGCUUUGCGGAGCUCACCAUCCAGGACCUCGAGGUGAAGGACGCAGGAAGCUACACCUGUGUCUGCGGAGACCAGAAGACCACCGCGACGUUGAAAGUGAAUGCCCUCAAGCCUGAAUUCCAGCAACGUCUGAAGAACCAUAAAGCCGAAGAAGGCGGGACAGCCAAGUUGCGUUGUGAGGUAACGUUAUCAAAGGCCACGGUGGAAUGGAAGAAAGAUGGUGCGGUUCUUCAAUCUGGCUCUAAAUAUGAAAUCAAGGAAGAAGGUACUGUCCGUGAGAUACUCAUUCACAAUCUGGAGCCUAAAGACAGUGGAGAAUAUUCGUGCGUUGUUGGGGAUCAGACGACGUCUGCCACUCUGACGGUGAAAGGACUGGACAUCACCAUCAUCAGGGGUCUGAAGGAUGCUGAGGUAUUUGAGGAAGAAGAUGUGACCUUUGAGUGCAAAGUUUCUCAUGACAACGCCAGAGAUGUGGAGUGGAAGUUGCAGGACGCCUCCCUCCAGAGCAACGAGAUGAACGAGAUCUCUGUUGAGAAAGGCAGGCUCCACACCCUGAGACUGAGGAAGGUCACCCAGCCGGAUUCUGGAACAGUCACCUUCCGAGUUGGACCGUACACCUCCACGGCACAGCUCACUGUGAAAGCACCACUUCCCUUCUUUAAAGAAAAGUUAGAGAACAAAGAGCUACAAGAGGACAGCACAGCCCUCCUGAAAUGCGAAGUCUCUCAGCCCAACAUCUCGGCAACAUGGAAAAAGGGCACCCAGGAGAUUUCUCCAAGCCCCAAAUUUGAAAUUAAACAAGAAGGAACAACACACACCUUGAAGAUUUAUGAUUUGAAAACAGAAGACUCGGGCAAAUACACCUGUGACAUUGGUAACGAGAAGACCGUGGCCAUGGUCACUGUUGAAGCCCUGCCAGCCCUUUUUGAAGCUGAGCUGAAGAACCAAGAAGUUGAAGAAGGCUUGACUGUCACUCUCCAUGCUGAGGUGUCCAAACCCAACGUGGCCGUGAAGUGGAGCAAAGGCUCGGCCAAACUGCGAGCCAGCGACAAGUACGAGAUGAAGCAAAAGGGCUCGACGGUUGAGCUUCUCAUUCAUGAUGCCCAGCCCGAGGACUCUGGAGACUACACUUGUGACUCUGGUGACCAGCAGACUACAGCAGCAUUGCUAGUAAAAGCUUUGCCUGUGCUUUUCAUUAAACCGCUUGAGAAUCAGGAGGCUGAAGAGGGCGGCACAGUCACCCUGAGCUGCGAGAUCUCGAAACACGGCGCACCCGUGCAGUGGAAGAAAGCAGGUUCCCUUCUGGGCCCUGGUGACAAGUACAAAAUGAAGCAGGUUGGAGCUGUGGCGGAACUGACAAUCUGCAAACUGAGCGCCUCCGAUGGCGGGGAGUACACAUGUGACACCGGAGACCAGAAUACCACUGCAGCUCUUCUGGUGAAAGAACCACCAGCCACGAUUGUGGAUGCCUUGAAAGACAUCACAUUGUUUGAAAGCGAAGAUGCCGUUUUUCAGUGCAAGGUCUCUCGGGAGAAAGCCAAGGACGUGCAGUGGAGCCUGGGAGGGGUACCUCUCCAGUCCAACGAGAUGAAUGAAAUUGGGGUUCAGGGGAAACUUCACACUUUGACCCUCCGGAAGGUGACGCUGGAAGACUGUGGUGUGGUCUCUUUCAAAGUGGGUCAGCAUUUGUCCGAGGCCCGACUGACUGUGCAGCGUAAGUGUCGCAACCCCAGACUUGUCCAAUGA